AAAAUCCCCAAUCUCUCUGCAAGCCCUAAUUUUCCAAAUCCCCAAAUGGCUCGUACCAAGCAAACGGCUCGCAAGUCCACCGGAGGCAAGGCCCCACGUAAGCAGCUCGCCACCAAGGCCGCCCGGAAGUCCGCUCCGGCCACCGGAGGAGUGAAGAAGCCCCACCGCUUCAGGCCAGGAACCGUCGCGCUUCGUGAGAUCCGCAAGUACCAGAAGAGCACUGAGCUCCUCAUCCGCAAGCUCCCAUUCCAGCGCCUGGUCCGUGAGAUCGCCCAGGAUUUCAAGACCGAUCUCAGGUUCCAGAGCUCCGCCGUGGCCGCGUUGCAGGAGGCGGCGGAGGCGUACCUUGUGGGGUUGUUUGAGGAUACUAAUCUGUGUGCUAUUCAUGCAAAGAGGGUUACGAUUAUGCCCAAGGAUAUUCAGCUUGCUAGGCGCAUUAGGGGCGAGCGUGCUUGAGUUUGAAGUGGUGAAAGGGUUUAGUACAGAUGGUGUAGUUGUCUUGUGGAAAGCAUUAUGUGUUUGGUGGAAUGGUUUUGGGUUUAAGUCUCAUUUCGUAUCGGAUUAGGGUUUAGAUUUGUGUUUGGAUGUUGUAGAUCGUGUGAUGUAAGGGGUUUAUCUUAUUAAUGAAAAUGGCCUAUUUUCCACA